AAUAUUUUUUCGAUUAACAAGUUUGAAGUUAUGACGCGGUAGGUAGGUAAUAGGUAGCAAAUCAGUACAUAAGUCAUAAAUGGUAACAUAUAUGUACUAUGUGGUAAAGUCUGGUAUUUAAAUUUAGUUUACUUUACUGCCCGCUGGCCAUUGUUCAGUGUAUUUCUUAGUAUGCUGUUUGGUCGUAUGAUGUAACCUAGAUUUUAGACAAUCAGGUGCCUAUUAAAAAUAGACGUGUUAAAGAAAUAAAAGUACAUUGGUAUCUCUCUUUGGUCUGUGAAAUAAAGUAAAAUGAAUGACUUGCCCGAAGCUAGUGAUAGCAAUGGAACAACUGAACUUGAAACUUUGGAAUAUCUUCGUGGUGUAAAAUCAUCAACCUGUCUGCUCUUGACUCCAAGUCCAACAACGUUGGAUUUUAAACAUCCACUCUCAGAAGAAAUGGGUGAUAGCGCUUUUUUAGCAUUGAAUGAUGACACCAAGAGCAUUAACAUUGGAAACUCUGAGGCAAGCGCUGGUGAUUCUAGUUCAUCAGGAGAUUCUAACUCUGUUGCUCAAGACCCUGUCAGUGCACAGCUCAUUAACAAUAUAAGCAUGCUGGAUUACCAGACUCUUAGCAAAAAUGGAGACAUCAUUUUAGGCCAGCCAGAAAGUAAACUUAAUGGAAGUUUAAGUGUCAACAAUAGAAAAUUACCCAAUUUUGUGAAAUGGAACUGGCCUCUAAUAAGAAACAUUAUUUUAUGGAUUGUACUCUCGGCUCUAAUUGCAUGCUUGGCAGCAAUUGUUACUAUGGUAGUAACUAUACCAAAAACUUGUAAUCCUAAUCUUCCCUGGCAUCAAGGUAAGGUAUUCUAUGAAGUUUUUCCUGCAAGUUUUAAGGAUUCAAAUAAUGACGGUUUUGGUGAUAUAAAGGGUUUGAUAAAAAAAUUAGAUUAUAUUAAAGAGUUAGGAGGUUCUAUUAUUCGCCUUAAUUAUAUAUUUGAAUCUCAUGACUAUCCUGUACACUUUUAUAAUACAACAAAUAGCCUAAAAAUUGAUAGGAGUAUAGGUGUUUUAAAAGAUUUUCAAGACCUGGUAUUGGCAGUUCAUAAACUUAAUAUGCAUAUAAUACUUGAUGUACCAGUGUCUAGUCUAAUUGUAAUUGAGCCUUUUCCAAUUUCAAAUCAAUCUAUCCUAGCAAAUAAUGAGACUACUUCAGACCUCGAUAUUACUACCAAGAGUAUCCUUUUUUGGGUUUGUGAGCAGAAUGUUGAUGGAUUAUAUUUGAAAAACUUAGAAAUGUUUACUGCGGAUGAUAAUUUUGGAAAAUCAUUGCAAAUUUGGAAAGAACUCAUUGGUAGUGACAAAAUUUUUAUGGCAAGUGAAGCUGCACUCUUGAAAGCCAAGGGAUCAAGCCUUACAGUUUUGCUAAACAGAAUAGAUUUGAUUGAUAUUCAUAUAGACUUGAACAAUGGUGUGAAGAGAUUAAAAGAUAGGAUUGAAUCUGUAACAUCUGGAAUCCUUUGGGAAAAACCUCACUAUCCAUGGGUUCAUUGGAAUGUAGGUAACAUCAACAGCCAAAGGAUUUCAUCAAAAACAACCAACAAUACUCUUGCUUCAAUAGCUUUAGAGAUGGUUUUGCCUGGUGCGGUAGGAAUAUUCUACGGCGAUGAAAUAGCUUUGGGGAGUCUAGAAAGAUAUGGUAUAGAAAGUGAUUUCCAUGAACAUGAACAUGUACAUAACCUUGCUACUAUGUCAUUUACUGAAAAUGACAAAACUGACACCGGCGCAAUAUUACCGUGGAAUCAUGAAUCUAUUAAAAAACCAAGGUACGAAUAUUUAAACAUUAUAAAACAGUUAAUUCAAAUGAGAUUGAACACUCCAACAAUUUAUUUACGGGGAAUAUAUAAAGAGGGUAAUGUUUUGAAAAAUAUAGAUGUGCGGAAAACAGUGGACAAUCUUGUUGUUAUUGAGCGCUGGUUUCCGCGAAGAAAUACGUGUGUAUUUGUUUGUAAUUUUGGCAAUCAGGCGAUAACAACAGAUUUAUCAUCUAUGUUUUAUGGUGGUGUUGUUGUGGGUGCGACAAAUUCAUCUCUUGUCGGAACACUUGUAUAUUUUGAUAAAGUUACAUUUUCUCCGAAUUCAGCUCUUAUUAUUAAAUUAGAAAAAUAAUUAAUAUUAUGUAAGCUGUUAAUGGCACAUUUUUAGAAGUGUUAUUUUUGUUGAUGUUAACUUACUAGUUUUAAAUUCAUUAUACCAAAUAUUUAAAAGUUCAAAUCUAGUCCUUUUGUUCCUAUAUUUUUUUUUUGAAUAUCCAAAACUUUAAUAUUCUGUUCGCCUAGCACAAAUAGUUAUUAGUAUCAGUAUUUUCUUUUUUAAUUUUAUAUAUGUUUUCUAUCUACACAUAAGUGAUAAGAUAUAUAUGAUUUAGGCUAAAAU